AUAUAAAAGCCGACCGAGGUGUUGGAUCUGCUCACUAGAUAGCAGCUGGAUAUUACAGGAUUGUUCAAGACCAAGAACAGACAACUCAAAAAAAAUUCAAAACCCAUGGAUUUCGAGGAGCAUGAAGAUCAAGAUGAGGAGCUGGGGAUGCAACUACCUCCUGCAAAUUACGACUCCAUGAUGCGCCCAAGAAUUGGCGGCGCUGGAGAGGGCGUUUCCAUGGUGGGCGCUUCGACAGGAGCUCGAAAACCCGGCGGCUUCAGAUACAAGGAGUGUCUCAAGAACCACGCCGUCGGCAUAGGCGGCAGCGCCGUCGACGGAUGCGGCGAGUUCAUGGCCGCCGGAGAGGAAGGAACCCUAGACGCGCUGAAAUGCGCCGCCUGUCACUGCCACCGAAACUUCCACCGUAAAGAGAGCGACGGAGACACCGCAUUAGCCACAUUAACCAUCCCGCCGCACCACCAGCUGAACCCUUACCGGCCGGCGGGGUACUUACACGUGACGCCGAUGAGUCAGCAGCGCCCCCUGGCGCUCCCCUCCAACUCGAGAGAGCUGGAGAUGGACGAGGACAUGUCGAAUCCGAGCAGCAGCGGCGGCGGCGGCGGUGGAGGCGGUGGCGGAGGCGGAGGCGGCUCGUCUUCGAGAAAGCGGUUCAGGACAAAAUUCACCGCGGAACAGAAAGAGCGGAUGCUGGAGCUGGCGGAGAGAUUGGGGUGGCGAAUACAGAAGCACGACGAGGCGCUGGUGCAGAAUUUCUGCGCCGAGACUGGCCUUAAACGCCAUGUUCUCAAGGUCUGGAUGCAUAAUAACAAGCACACUCUCGGUAAAAAGUUGCCCUAAAUUAUUAUCGAUUUAUUACCCCGCUACUUUUCUCCACUCCGUCUUUAUAAUCUACGAUGCCGUCCGUUAUAAAUAAUUACGUAUGUAAUAAAUCUCGAUGAACCACGACGGAGUGUGGAACUUUAGUUUCUUCGAAAUUUUAGGGAUUAUUAUUUAAUUACCCUUAGGGUUGUUCUUCAAACUUAAAAUGUACUUGAUUUGGUUUAAUGUUGUAUCAUGGUGCUGAAACACAUGCGAUUUAGUGUAAGAUUAUGCAGAUGAUUGAUUAUGAUUAGUCAUUUAAGUUCCCAA